AUGUCUACCCCAGCUCGACGACGACUGAUGCGCGACUUCAAGCGUCUCCAAGAGGACCCACCCGCAGGAGUCAGCGGUGCGCCCACCGACAACAAUAUUAUGCUGUGGAAUGCAGUCAUCUUUGGACCUCGUGAUACUCCCUUCGAAGACGGCACCUUCAAGCUGACGCUUGAGUUUACAGAAGAAUACCCAAAUAAGGCACCAGUGGUGCGUUUCAUAUCAAAAAUGUUUCACCCGAACGUAUAUGCCGAUGGAAGCAUCUGCCUCGAUAUCCUUCAAAACCGUUGGAGUCCUACUUAUGACGUCUCCGCCAUACUAACUUCAAUUCAGUCACUGUUGGAUGAGCCUAACCCCAAUUCACCGGCAAAUUCUCUUGCCGCCCAGCUCUACCAAGAAAAUCGACGGGAGUACGAGAAACGGGUGGCAGCUAUUGUGGAACAAAGCUGGAUCAACUUUGAAGAAGAGGAAAAGGCUAGUAAAAAGGAUUCAAACUAG